CAGCCAUGGGGUGCAUUAAAAGCAAAGAAGAUAAAGGUCCAGCCAUGAAAUACAGAACUGAUAAUACUCCAGAACCUGUUAUUUCCCAUGUCAGCCAUUACGGAUCAGACUCCAGCCAAGCAACACAGUCACCGUCAAUAAAGGGAUCAGCAGUUAAUUUUAAUAGUCAUUCCAUGACUCCUUUUGGAGGGCCCUCAGGAAUGACACCCUUUGGAGGAGCAUCAUCUUCAUUUUCAGCUGUGCCAAGUCCAUAUCCUAGUACUUUAACAGGUGGUGUUACUGUAUUUGUGGCCUUAUAUGAUUAUGAAGCUAGAACUACAGAUGACCUUUCAUUUAAGAAAGGUGAACGGUUCCAGAUAAUAAAUAACACGGAAGGAGACUGGUGGGAAGCAAGAUCCAUUGCUACGGGGAAAACAGGCUACAUCCCAAGCAAUUAUGUAGCUCCCGCAGACUCCAUUCAAGCAGAAGAGUGGUAUUUUGGUAAGAUGGGCAGGAAGGAUGCAGAAAGGCUACUUUUAAAUCCUGGGAACCAGCGUGGUAUUUUCUUAGUAAGAGAGAGUGAAACCACUAAAGGUGCUUACUCCCUUUCUAUACGUGACUGGGAUGAGGUCAGAGGUGAUAAUGUGAAACACUACAAAAUCAGAAAACUUGACAAUGGUGGAUACUAUAUCACAACCAGAGCACAAUUUGAAUCUCUGCAGAAGUUGGUGAAACACUACAGAGAACAUGCCGAUGGGCUGUGUCAUAAGCUAACAACUGUGUGUCCCACUGUGAAACCGCAAACACAGGGACUAGCAAAAGAUGCCUGGGAAAUUCCUAGGGAAUCUUUGAGGCUGGAAGUUAAGUUGGGCCAAGGAUGUUUUGGUGAAGUAUGGAUGGGAACAUGGAAUGGAACCACAAAAGUAGCGAUCAAGACACUAAAACCUGGUACAAUGAUGCCAGAAGCUUUCCUGCAGGAGGCUCAGAUCAUGAAGAAAUUACGGCAUGACAAACUUGUUCCACUGUAUGCCGUUGUUUCUGAGGAACCAAUCUAUAUCGUCACUGAAUUCAUGACAAAAGGCAGCUUACUAGACUUCCUUAAAGAAGGAGAAGGGAAAUACUUAAAACUCCCACAGCUGGUUGACAUGGCUGCUCAGAUUGCUGAUGGCAUGGCUUACAUUGAAAGAAUGAACUACAUCCACAGGGAUCUCCGGGCAGCUAACAUUCUUGUAGGAGACAAUCUUGUGUGUAAAAUAGCAGACUUUGGUUUAGCAAGGUUAAUAGAGGACAAUGAGUACACUGCAAGACAAGGAGCUAAAUUUCCAAUUAAAUGGACCGCUCCAGAAGCAGCGUUGUACGGUCGGUUUACAAUCAAGUCGGAUGUGUGGUCAUUUGGAAUUUUACUGACAGAGCUGGUAACAAAGGGGAGAGUGCCAUAUCCAGGGAUGGUGAAUCGGGAAGUUCUGGAACAAGUGGAACGUGGCUAUAGGAUGCCUUGCCCACAAGGCUGCCCAGAGUCUCUCCAUGAGUUAAUGAAACUGUGUUGGAAGAAGGACCCUGACGAGAGACCAACGUUUGAAUACAUACAGUCUUUCUUGGAGGACUACUUUACUGCUACAGAACCACAGUACCAGCCUGGAGACAAUUUAUAAGCCAACAGUCUAUAUAACAUGCACAAAUCUGCCAAAUGUAAAAGACUUGCAAAGAAUUCCUGAUGUCUAUAAGGAAUCAAAGGAAAGAAAAUCUUCGCUACUUUGCAUGCUCUUAAUGGCAAACUGGAAUUCCAUAAUGCAGUUGCACAAAACCACUUUUAAAGUGUUAUAAUCUAAUUUACCAAUGACAUGUUUUUAUUUUUUUUUUCCUCUUUCCCAACUUAUUUUCAGGGUCCAAAGGAAGCUUACUGAAAAUACGGGGUAGAAAAAUGAGUGUCGGUGUGAACAAUAGCAGAAAAACCAAUGUUUCAAAUCCUUUAUUUUCCCAACGUUUGAUAAUCAUUCUACUAAAGCGGGAAUUGUCUGGAAUUAGUGGUCUUGGGGUAAGACAUUUUUAAAGCAGAAGAACUUUGUGGGACCAAGCAAUUCUAUUCCAGUUCUGUAAAACUCCCUGUGUUCAAAAUUACAUGUCUGUGCCCCCCACCCUCCCCAAAAAAACCCAGAUGGUACAACUGUAUUUGAUAUAUAGUCUUGAUCUUUGAGCUUCCUCUUGCAUGGACUUUAUUAGGGUAGG